AUGGGGGAUCCUCAGAUGAGCUGGCACGAUUCUACAGACGUUCUGCAGGGUAUCAUGGUCGGUCCUGAUGCUUGUCAUCCCUCUGAUCUCUCCGACUUUCGUCCCUCAGGCUUAGCUAUGGGUGACUCGACAUCGAAUCCGCUACUCGAGUUGCAUCUGGCUUCCCUGGAGAGCCAGAACCAGCCCGCCUUCAUGAACCAGUGGAAUUCAGAUCCCCAGGACUUCUACUACCCCAACUACCCUUCUCGCCUGACGGGCGACCAGGAUGCGUGGAACCCGCUGCAGGUCACCGGUGUCCCUAAUCCCAAGUCCAUGUCCCAUAUGAAUAUUUCAACUGUCGGCGACCCCGACUGCGGCUUCUCUAAACCUCACUAUAGAACUCCUUCCGAGAGUGGGAGUCAGUAUAUGAGCAGUUUACAUUCGGACUCCGGCUACGGAAGUACAAGCUGUGCAACACAGUCGAUUGGAGCUUCUUCUUAUGGCAUGGACAACCUGUCGAGUCCCCAUAUCGGCGUGAAGGAAUAUGGGUUUGGCGACGCUGCCGCCAUGUUUGAUCAACCUCACCUCGGCCCUGCCUCCUUGUUUCCUGGAGACAUGGACUAUUCAGGGUCCAUGGAGGGCUCCGUCAAAUGUGACCACCCUUCUUGCGCAUGGAUUGGAAAGUGCCCAUCCGAUAAAAGGAAACACGAGGCACGUCAUCAGAAGCUUUUCAAGUGUGACGAGCCCAACUGCGCUCGCAAAGAAGGCUUUGGCACCAUCAACGACCUGGCUCGCCACAAGAAAUGUGUGCACAAUAAAGAGCCCGAGCGCGGCCCGAAAAUGAUGUAUCUCUGCUUCGGGAAGAGCUGCCCACGGCCUAAUAAGAAGUGGCCCCGACUGGAUAACUUCAAGCAACACCUGAGCCGUAUGCAUAAUGAGGAAGAUGGCGAAGCCUUGCUGAAGAAAUCCAUGGACUGGUAUGAGACCGUCAUCGGCCACCAGCCCAAUCAACAACUCGACGACAGCCUUUCGCAGGAUGACAUUCUGAAUGAGACACAGCAGGAUCUGGGAUCCGCCGAGAUGGAACUGGAUGCCAUCGAUGUGCAUCACACCCAAGAUAGUGUUGAUUUCUUAUCAUCUCGGGCUGCGACACCCAGACCAAUCUCAAAUACUCAAACGACACAUUUCCCUGCAUUGGGAUCACUGGGGCUCAGUGAGGCUCACAGCACCACAGCAGAACAGGCAAAUACCAAGUCAGAAACAUUUGUUUCGGACGCAGCGGAUAAUCUGAUCAACGCGAUGACAAAGAUGAUGAACAGCCGUGCUCGACGACCAAGCCAACACAGCGACGAGGGAAUCGAGGUCGAGCUCGAGAACCCCCAACUAUCCCAGCCUCAGCGCCAGAUGCUACAGAAGGUUCUCUCAGCAGCCUUGGAGCGACUUUCCGAUGACACCUCUUCGACGACCCCGGAAACCAACGAUGAUAAGCAAGAUUGGUUCCAAUGCGACAUCUGCUCCAAACGCACUCGGCUGCGCUGUGAGAUGAAAAAACAUCAAAAACGUCAUGAGCGUCCUUAUGGCUGCACAUUUCCCCAUUGUGCCAAAUCCUUCGGCAGCAAAGCCGACUGGAAACGCCACGAAAGCUCCCAGCACCUCCACGUCGCAAGCUGGCUUUGUGGAUCCCACGAUUCCGCCAAGGGCUCUUCAUGCGGCCGCAUAUUCUACCGCGAAGAAACCUACACCCAGCACCUCAACCAACAACAUCGAAUCCCCAAAACCCGAACCAAGUCCACCCUCAAUGCCAGCCGCCUCGACCUAGCCAACCAAUCGCAAUUUUGGUGUGGCUUCUGCAACCGCACUAUCGAACUCCGUAGUCACGGCCCUGCGGCGCUAGAUGAGCGAUUCAAUCAUAUCGACAUCGAACAUUUCAAGAAGGGGGAGAGAGGCCGCGAUUGGUGUUUUUCUUCUGGUGAUGGACCGGUUAUGGAUAAGAGUGUGGCUGGUUCUUCACUAAUCUCCGAGGGGAAUAAGCGGAAGCGUAAGGCUUCCGAGUAA